AUAACAGGCAACCGCUGCUGAGUUUCAACCACGCUGUGCUUUCAGUAUCGUUUCCAGGGAAGUACGGGAUGUGUUUCUAGCUUCCAUCGGGACCGGGCCUGCUGCACGGAAACAGAAACCGAACACUUUUUCAAAAAACAAGCAGGCUCACGAUGUCCGUGCUGUUUCAUAGCAUCCGGGGCUGGUUUGUGGAUCCACGAUCACUCAUUGAUCGGGGAUAUUCGCGAUGCAUCCAGUGGAGAGAGACUCAAAAGUCUCAUGUCAAGUGCCGUUUCAAAAGGCAGUGUUUUCAGAUUUUAAAAAGCUAUUAUAAUGUGCCUGCCAGUGCUGCUGUGGAUGGAGGAAACAAGGAAAUGUUGCAGAAAACAGAGAAACCACCAAAGAAAAGGAAGCGAAAGCACAGCGAACUCAACCAGGGGGAAGUUGAUUCAGAGGCCUUCCAUAAGAAGGUCAGGUCUGUUAUUCUGGACGGAACCAGGUCCUUGGUGGAUUCUGUCCGAUCUCUCGGAUAUCUGAAAGAAGAGACAGACGCAGUGAAAGAGCCUCUUCCUUCCCAGGAGUGCCGCCUCGCUGCUCUUUGUGAAAUGGCUAAAGAGCUUCCUCUAGUGGACGACGAGGAGCAGGAGUGCUGCUCUCAGUCACUUGUUGCUGAGGACGGCUGCUCAUCACACGUCGACUUGUUCUCUCGGCUCACAGAGAACAGGACGGACCGGGCUGCAGUGGUCACUCUGAUGGGAGAGGAAUAUGUGAUACCACCUCACACAGCUUUCCUGCUUUCGGACUUCACAAGAAUACAGCCACUAGUCCACUAUGGAAGGAUGUUUGACCUUGUAGUAAUGGAUCCACCCUGGGAAAACAAGUCUGUGAAAAGGAGUCGCAGAUACAGUUGUUUGCCCUCAUCCCAGCUGAAACGCCUCCCUGUGCCUCUUCUGGCAUCUCCGAACUGUUUAGUGGUCACCUGGGUGACAAACCGGCCGAGCCACCUGCGUUUUGUCCGUGAUGAACUGUAUCCACACUGGGGGGUAGAAGUUGUGGCCGAAUGGUUCUGGGUCAAGGUCACCACAUCAGGGCAGUUUGUGUUUCCACUAGAUUCGCCACACAAGAAGCCUUAUGAAAUGCUGGUGCUGGGCCGAUAUCGCCCUUCUGUCGAUCUCUCUACAAGCCCUUCAGAGACGUCAGAGGUUCCUGUGGAGGAUCAGCGGUUGAUUGUCAGCGUCCCGUCAGCUCUGCACUCCCAGAAGCCCUCGCUGUCAGAGGUGUUGAAGCCAUAUGUUGGAGCUGAAGCCAAGUGCUUGGAGCUGUUUGCCCGAAGUCUUCAACCCGGAUGGACCAGCUGGGGCAACGAAGUGCUCAAAUUUCAGCACACGAGCUAUUUUACUUUGACACCUGCAGAUGAUGGAGUGGACGUUUCCAAAGAUGAGACCACAGAGGCAAAUGUCCAGCUGACCUGAGAAGAUCUAAAAAUCAUUGUCCUUCCACUGUGAACCACUCACUGACCUUCGACACCUGCCACAUCAGUAUUUUACUUAGCUUUUAAUAAAGAUUCAAUGCCAAAAUCUUUCUCCACCAGUUUCUUUUGAUCUACACUCUUCAUGCAUGUGGGACCUUUGAUUUCUUUUGCCUGGUCCGGGCUCAUAUUUAAGGUAGUGAAACACAAGUCUGAUGAUGCAGUUGGUGAGAUGAAAGUGCAUUUCUGUGCAGCUGUUUUGAACCCAGCUUCCCACGGUGCAAUCAGAUAAACAACUCUGAAGGGUUUUUUUUGUAUUUGCCUUUUGAGUAAUCUUUGACGUGUUAAGGAUGAUCAAAGUGUUUCUAUUUUUACUCAGUUUAUGCUCUUUUGAGCUGAAUAUCAAAAUGUUCCCCAACUCUAAUGAAAAAACACUUUGAAUCCGUAUUGGUUUGCUUGUUCUUUAAGAAGUUUCGCUUAAAGGUUGUUCACUCGAACAACACACUGAUGUAACCUCCCCUCUGCCUUUGUACUGUCAAGGAUGCCCAGCUCUAUCCUUGAAUAAUAUGUCCCUGAAUUUUCCUUGUUUCCUCUGAAAGAUGAACUCUUCCUGUGUCAUGCUUGUAAGCUGCCUCUUCCUGUUGGGCAGGGCGUCUCUAAUGAGUCUGCUGGUGUUGUGUGGAUGAGCAGCGCUGCCUCCGAGGCAGAUGAGGAUGAGUUACAGCCACUGCAGCAGCGUACACAUCACAGCUAAUGAAGCCAGAGUGUGACUCCAGAAGGAUCACUUACAAGUUACCUUGUCAUGUUCUCUGUCUCCCUUUAAAGGAUGAUUUCAGUGUUUUUGAAUGGGGAAAAUAUUUUUUUGUGUAGAUGAUUAAUAUGGAAAUAAAUGUUUGGAAUUGA